AUGGACUACAGCCUGCUGGUGGGGGUGGACAAGGAGCGCAACGCCCUUGUCGUGGCCAUCAUAGACUUUAUCAGGCAGUACACGUGGGACAAGCAGCUUGAGACGUGGGUGAAGAGCAGUGGCAUCCUGGGGGGCAACGGCAAGGAGCCGACCAUCAUAUCGCCAAAGCAGUACUGCAGGCGCUUCAGGGCCGCCAUCAGCAGCUACUUCACAUUGGUGCCAGGGGACGCUGACGUGGACCCACCGCUCGACCCAGAGGCCAGCGUGUAA